AUGUACCGAGUCAAGGCCGUCUACGACUACGCGUCGCCCCACGACGACGAUCUGAGCUUCGCCAAUGGCCAGAUCAUCACCGUCACAGAGGAGGAGGACGCCGACUGGUACGUCGGCGAGUACACCGACGACGCCGGCACCAAGCACGAGGGCCUCUUCCCCCGCAACUUCGUCGAGAGGUACGAGCCGCAACCCCCGCCGCGGCCCAACCGGGCAUCGCGACACCAGCCAUUGGACCCCCCGCCCGCAGAGCCCGCACCGCCCACGCCUGUCGUCCCGCAACAGAAACUCGAGCCUGGGCCUGAGCCGGAGCAGGAGCCGCUGCCGGAGCCGGAGCAGGACCAGCAGCCUGUGCAGCACGACGCGCCUCGAGCUUCCAAGCCCCAGCCUCCGCCGCUGCAGGUGCCUCCCACAGAGUCCAAGGCCGGGCCAUCGCCUCUAUCGCCCCUCUCACCUCGCUCUGCGCAGGCCCAGAGCCAGGCCCAAAGCAUCAAGUCGCCCGAGGACGUGCAGUCUCCAGCCGAAGCCUCCCGGGCGGCUGCCGCUGCGAAAAAGGCACCCCCGCCCAUUGCCGCAAAGUCAAACGCUUUCCGCGACCGCAUUGCUGCCUUCAACCAGCCCGCCGCUGCUCCCAUCCAGCCCUUCAAGUCAGCAGCCCCGCCGCCCACCUUCGUCAAGAAGCCCUUCGUCGCACCUCCGCCGAGCCGCAACGCCUACGUCCCUCCCCCCAAGGAGGCCCCGCAACUCAAGACGUACAGGCGUGAGGAAGACCCGGACGUGGCCGAUCGUCAGGCCCAGGACCAGGAGGCCGCUGAAAAGUCGGGUCUGACCGGCAGCACCGCCCCAGCCACAAACGAGGCCGAGGAAGGGCCCAAGCUGAGUCUGAAGGAGCGCAUUGCCCUCCUCCAGAAGCAGCAGCAGGAACAGGCCGAGCGAGCCGCGGCUGCCCUGCACAAGGAAAAGCCCAAGCGACCCGCCCAGCGGAAGCGGCUGGAGUCGCACGAAGGCCUGGCGGAAGACAGCGAAGACACCGACCUCGAGAAGGUGGUCAGCGCAGGCUCCACCACGCGUGCCUCCACCGACCACGCCCACCCUCCUCGGCCGCCGCACGACUUCAAGGCCCCAGAGUCGCACCAACACGAUCGCGAGAUCCUCAGUGACGCCAAUGACGCCGAUCACUCCGGCGCCGGCGAGACCGAAGACCAAGAUGGCGACUCCACCAGCGUCGAGGGCGACGAAAAGCGAUCCCUCACCCAUCAGCCACCGCUUCCGUCGAGAGCGCCUGCUGCACCUGCGGGAGAGCCCAAUCUCGGCGACGAGCAGGACGUUGCAAAUGAAGACGAGGACGAGGACGAGGACGAGGAAGACGAAAUGGACGCAGAGACGAGGCGCAAGCUAGAGCUGCGAGAGCGCAUGGCCAAGAUGAGCGGUGGCAUGGGCAUGCCUGGAAUGUUUGGCGGCAUUCCCAUGGGCGGUCUCCCCCCCAAGAAGAAGAAGUCGACCGGCGACAAGAAGGUGGACGAGAGCGAAGAACCCCACGUGCCGCAGCAGCGAGUUGCCAUGUUUCCUAUGCCCGGCAUGCCCUCUGUCAAAAGCCCAGAGCAGGAGAACAGACAGCUGGCCGUUGAGAAAGAGGACGAGGCCUACCACCCGGUGACGGGGACGCAUGCAGCCGACGAGGUACCAGACGUUGAGGACGUGACGCCAAAAGCAAUCUCAAGGACACCCACAGGCGAGAGCGCUCCCCACACCCCACACGAUAGACGGCCGGCUCCUCCACCUGUACCAAGCGCUGAACGCUCAGCGCCUCCAGUGCCUGGCGCCUCUCGACCGAUCCCACCGCCUCUACCAUCCAUCGCUUCUCCAGGCCCAGGUUCAGAGUCUGGUGACGAGUUGACGGAUGCCGGUGCACAUGCAAUGUCCCCCAGGAGCCCACCUCCUCCAUUCCCAGCACCCUCGAAGCGUGCUUCCUACUUCAACGGGGAGGAUCAGACACCAGACUCGCCGGACAGACGUGUGCCCCCUAUUCCCCUGGCGAGUCCAACUUCACCAUCCUCUACUCGGCUGCCACCUCCUCCACCUCCCACGGCAGCGCCUCCUGCGCAUCGCGCUGAGCUCCCGUCCAGGAAGCUCGACCGUAACGAGGGUGAAACGGACUACGAAGGCGAUUACGAUACCGACAUUGCCUCGGGAGACACCCACAAGGAUGCCCUGAAGUCCCACGCCCGCGAGCAGAGCCUGGACGCUAGUACCAUGGGUGGAUCACCUGUCAUACCGCAUGGUAUCCCGCCGCUGCCUCCAACGGCCCCUCGUGCUGUACCUCCCCCUCCACCACACCAUCCCCAGAGUAGACCCUCUAUGGAUGCUCCUCGCGGGGCACCUCCUCUUCCACCUGUACCGCCACCUACUCGUGCCUUGGGUGAGGACGAUGAGGACUACGACCCUUACCGGUACACAGCUCCUCCUGCGAUCUCCCCGCCCGCUGGAGCACCGCCUGUACCAAGGGGAAUGCCCCCUCCCCCUCAGAGCCAGCCGCCCCCACCCCAAAGCCGUCCGCCACCACCCAUGCCGCCAGCGGCGCCUCCGAUCCCGCAACACCAACAGGCCGAAUCAUCCGAAGAUGAUGACUUGUACGAAGCCCCCCCUCCCAGAAAAUCCCACGACCGGCCCCCACCACCGCCUCCUCAAGCACCACCUCACCAGCACGCACCUCCGCCGCUACCUCAAGAUCGAGCGCCGCCACCGCCGCCACCACAUGCUCCGCCUCCAACACAUGCCCCUCCUCUACCGCAAGUACCGCCCCCUCAGGAGCGCGCCACCUUCCCACAACCCACGGAAGCUCAACCUCGUUCAUCAAUCAGCGCCAGAAAAUCUCUGGACGUGGGCCGCACAUUGCAAAGUCGAGUGUCUAUGGAUCAGCAGCGCCCUCAGCUCAGUCAAGACUUCAUGGCCAGCGACAUUGACCUAGGUGCUUCGAGUCAUUGGUGGACUCAGCCGAAGACGCUCCCACCAUCGCUGCAAGCUCGCAAGGAUGUGCUCGUCGACCUGCAAGAGUCGCAGUCAGGCGGUGUCGUGGAGAAGCUGGUGUCUGUGCUGUUCAUGGACUACUCACAGACCAUUGUCUCAGCACGCUUCGACAGCAGCAACGCGUCCGAUGUCGAGCUGGAACAGCGUCAAGAACCCCCGCCCCCCCGUCUUCGACCUGACCAACUCGAGAGUGCCUACGAGCAGUUCGGCCGCCGAAUCGCAAAGGACGCCGAAUCCAAGCAAAGCAGUGUAGUCGGUAACGGCACGCCAUACGGCUUCGUCGACGAGCUUCUCAAACUCCACAAAGACGCACUUGCCCCUGUUUCGACCCGCGCCUACGGUGCUCUUGUCUACGCCAACCUGGCCAACGCAUCCACACAGUCUUUCGACGAGAUCCGCCCAGGCGAUAUCGUGACCUUCCGCAAUGCGAAAUUCCAGGGCAAGGUAGGCGCCAUGCACGCCAAGUACGCCGUCGACGUAGGAAAGCCUGAUCACGUUGGUGUUGUAGUCGAGUGGGAUGGCAGCAAGAAGAAGGUGCGUGUUUGGGAACAAGGAAGAGAACACAAGAAAGUCAAGCCUGAGAGCUUCAGGAUGGGAGACCUGAGAUCUGGUGAGGUCAGGGUUUGGAGGGUCAUGAGCAGAAGUUGGGUUGGCUGGAACUGA